CACCCUAAAGGACAGUGUGUCCUGUGUUGACGAGCAUAUGAAGCAAUGUUUCACUCCAACUCAAAGGAAGGUAUUCAAUCAUGUUGUUGCAGGAGCCAGGCAAUUUUUGGUGGAAUUGUGCGUAACAGGACCCAUACAAGAAGUUUAUCUAAUUCACGCUUCCUGCUUCAAAAACAUUUCCUUGGCUGAAGAAAAGUGCGCACCAAAAUACAGACAUCUAAUUGAAAUAUCAAAAAAUGUGAACGAAGAACAAAACGUUGACGAAGGCCUGCGUGAGUCGUGUUGUGCUUUUGGAGAAUUUGUGCUGUGCAAAUACAUUCACGUGAGUCAAGACUGCGGGCAUGAAGCAGCAGAUUUUCUGCAGCAGCAUCUGGACCGGAUAACAAGCCCAUUAUUACACGAGCACUGUGCCCAUUAUACUUAUGGAACAGGAACUUGUACUUCAUCAUCAAAUGACAUAGGUGCUAAGUUCACAAUCCCUUUGAUCCUGAUACUCUCCUUAGUUCGGCUCCUUAUUUAUUCCUCUAUCCAACAGACAGAGUUUUAUAAAUAGAUACCCAAAUCCUGGGUGCAAAGAAAGAAGAUGAAAAGAUAAAUCUUCAGCGUUAGGAAUGGAAAGAAGCACCCCGGUAUUGUCUGAUCUGAUACCCAUUAAUGCAUCACUCGAAACUACCCUUUGUGGUUCCAUUCUUAAAUAGGUGUGGGGUGCAUCUUUGUUAACAUAUAACUCAAAUGUUGUUUCGAAAUGUAUUCCUUGCAAGAUCUUUCUGUAACCUUUUGCAAAAUUUCUGUUUUAUCAGGAAAUUUUUAAUUUCUUUACUUAUUAAUGUGAAUAUUUUAAUUAACUACUAGUAAUGGUAAAUGUACUAUUGUACUUAUGUAUACUUAUAUGUUUGCUAUUCAGUAAUGUCUUAAACUAAUAAUAUGUGCAACAACUUAUGGUAAUUACUUCGGGGACUUAUAUAUUUUAAAAGGCUGUAAUUUUUUUUUCCUCUGUAAAGGCAGCGAAACACAAGUUUAUUACUCAAGCCAGUUCUGUUUAAAUUGUGAUAAUAGUGGUUUUCUCACAUUCUUUUGCAUUUUUAUAGCAAUAAAUGAGUAAAUCAAAAGUCAAGCUGUAGAGAUCGUUAGAUGUUUCGGACCAAGAGAUAUAAAAAUUUAGCUGUGUUCAUACAAAUCACGGACCUUCUAGUUUCUAUAUGGCCGUGUUUACCACUUACACCCUGAGGACACUAACAGAAAAAGUGCGAUAAUUCCUUAAAUUUUCCACCAGUUAACGAGCGGCUUGUGAGAAGCACGACCCUCAGUCGAUCAAAUUUAUGUGGCUUGAUGAAAUAUAGUCAACCAUACCCUUCUUUGGACUUCACUGUAGAAACCGAUGUACAUUCCAGACCAGAAAACAACCCCCCCCCCCAAAAAAAAAACUAUGCUCUCGGCGGGGUUCGAAGCAUUGAAUCUACCAAUUAGCCAUCUAGAAGUGCUAAUCACGACAGUUCGUACGGGAGAAUUCGAUAACCCCUCACAAAGAAGCGUUUUAUUCUCUACUCGUUAUAACUGAAAUAAAAUGAUAAAUUUACAAAAUUACUCCCCGUAUAUUUCUAAAUACUCAAAAUUAAUUAUUAACACCUAGAAUAAACGGAAGAUGAAAUCAUAUAGAGAAAGUUUUCUUCAUAUGAACAUGUAAUAACUAUAAUUUGUACUCUAUAAUAAAUUCUCAAAAAUCUUAAUUACAAUUAACGAAAAAUUUAGACAAAUUAAUAAUAAGGAAAAAUGAAGAAAAUAAUUUUAUUUUUCAAAUUAGAUUAACUAUAUCCUAUAUAUGUUAAAAUUUUCAGUAUUUUCUUAUUCAUCAUUUUAAUCAAAAGGCUGUGUAAUUCGGUAAUAAUUGUUACAAUUUCAGCAUUUUACAGAUUUUCAUUGAUUACUCUCACUUACAUUGAAUUUGGUUUAUUUAUGCAGAUAUUUGUGUUAACAAAAGAUAAAACCUUAAAUUCAUACAUAAGUAUUCUAUUUAACGAAUUAAAAUUUUACUAAAGAAAUUCGAGUGCUCUUUAUUUCUGUAUAAGGUAUUUCUCCUAGUUUCCUAGCGUGCCUUCUAUAUAGUUGUUCUGCACGCAGGGCCGGUAUUCCAGAGGUCCGUCGUUCGAUUCCUGGGAAAGGCGAUUGCUCAUUUUUCACAUCUCCUGCUUCCAAAAAAUAUCUAAUAUCUCU